AAAUUAUAGCAAACUGUUACAAAAAAUCAUAAGAUGGAAUGGAAGAAGUACCGACGCUCAUCCAAUGGAUGAGGCAAAUGCCGCAUCUGGAAUGGCUGUCCAUGACGACUGUAAGCUCAAGUUUUUGGAGCUAAAGGCAAAGAGGAACUACAGAUUCAUUACCUUCAAGAUUCAAGACCAGCAGGUGGUGAUAGACAAGCUGGGACAACCUGAGGAAUCCUACGAGGAUUUCACUUCUUCUCUUCCUGAGAAUGAAUGUCGUUAUGCAGUCUAUGAUUUUGAUUUCACCACCGAUGAGGAUUGCCAGAAAAGCAAAAUCUUCUUCAUUGCUUGGGCACCUGAUGCAUCAAAGUGACCAAAUAACUGCAAACCAGGUUACAAGCCAUGCUUGUUUUGAUUUUUCUUCAAAGAAGAGAUCUGCAUGCUGUUGCAAAUGGUUCCAGCCUUCAUAGUGUUGAGGAACAGCAACACCCCACCAAUUAUAGCAGGAGGACCAAACAAGCCAUGCUGUUCUGCAAGUGAAUAGAAGGUGAUCUGUUUC